GCUCCUGUUGGAGACGAUGCGCAAACAAGGAUUGCAGAAGGAAGCACUCGGCUUGGAGGCAACCGAGGAUCAGAGGCAGCGCUGCCUUGCACGGCCCGGGAUGACGGAGGGAAAGCUGGACUUUCUCCUCUCGCAGCAAAUGUCGCCUGCCGAGCGCGCGGCCUACGCGGACUUCGUGGUGGACAGCAGUCCGCGUGGAUUGGGUUUGGCGGCCUCCUUAUCGGUGGCGCGGGCGAAGGUCGCUGACAUCGUGCAGCGGCUCCUAGACCGCCACGGAGGGCCCUGGCCGAUCGCAUCGAUCAGGGAGUCACAUCCGGGCACAGCCAUUGAGUGCGUGACCUUCGAUCUGGACGACACGCUGUUCCCGACAAAGGCUUCCCUCGGGAAGGCUUUGGUCGCCUUCCGCGCGGCCGUGGCUCGUCUCGCGCCCAAGCUCUGGGAGCAUUGUGGUCAGGGAGCCACCUUCGGAGAGGCUAUGCAGGAUGCGUUCCGGGCUGUGGCGCGGGAGAACUCCCGUCUUCGCCACGACUUCUCGCAGCUACGGCGCUUGGCCUUAGAGCGCCUCCUGGCACGAGUGGACGAGGUGAACUCGGAAGAGAUUAUCGAGCAAGCACUGAACGCCUUCCUUUCUGCGCGCGGUGAUGUGGAGCAGCACCUCUUUGAGGACGUGCUGCCCACCCUGAAAGAGCUCAAACAGCGGGGCCUCAGGAUCGGCAGUGUCACGAACGGCAACGCAGAGCUUUCUUUGCAUGCGCCUCGGCUGUCGGAGCUCUUGGAUUUCCAGAUCUCUUCGGCCAACGCUGGGGCGCCAAAGCCCCGAGCUGCCCCGUUCCUGGCCUCGGCCGCGGCUGCGGGCACAUGGCCCUGUCAGGUCCUUCACGUCGGCGAUUCCCUUGCAGAUGACGUCCUUGGGGCGAAGAGGAUGGGGAUGAAGGCCGUGCACCUGCGCCGGGGCACCGUCAAGGAUGAUGCGCAGGCUACGUCUGCUGCGCCGGAUGCCAGCAUCGCUUCGCUGUCCGAGCUCCCUGCGCUUCUGACCAGCUGGAACGAG